AUGCUGGUGUCGUCUGUUCAGGUGCUGGGAGCAGCUGCUUUUGGUAAAGGGAAAGGCGGUGUUUGGUCAGAGGAGAUUCAGUGCAGAGGAAGUGAAUCUCAGAUACACGUCUGUUCACGAUCAUCUUCACAGAUGCACAGCUGUUCACAUGACAAUGAUGUGGGAGUGAUCUGUUCUGGUUACACAGAUCUCAGGCUGGUAAACAGUUCAGACUCUUGUUCUGGAAGAGUGGAGCUUCAGUUCCUCAAAGAGUGGGGCACAGUGUGUGAUGCAUGCUGGGAUAUGAGAGCUGCCAGUGUCCUCUGUAGACAGCUGAAUUGUGGGAUUGCUGUGUCUGUUGUGGGAUCAGACUGGUUUGGAGAGGGAAGUGAUGAAAUCUGGGCUGAUGUGUUUGAUUGUGACGGAAAUGAAACAAAACUCUCAGAAUGUUCCAUCUCUUCAUGGAGUCGAGCUGAAUGUUCUCAUAGACGAGAUGUUGGAGUCAUCUGCUCUGGCAGUAAAGCUCAUCAGGGGAACUGCAGCUCUUCACAAACUCUCAACUGCAGCUCCACACAACACCUGUCAGUAAAAAACUUUGGUCGCAGGUCCAUCAGGCUGGUGGGUUCUGGGGGAGACUGUGCAGGGAGGCUGGAGGUUUUUCACAGCGGCUCAUGGGGGACAGUGUGUGAUGACUCCUGGGAUAUUAAAGAUGCUCAUGUGGUGUGCAGACAGCUGCAGUGUGGAGUGGCCCUCAGUAACCAGCAGGUACCAGCCUGGUUUGGUCCUGGUUCUGGACCCAUAUGGCUGGAUGAGGUGGAGUGUGAGGGGAAUGAGACGUCCCUGUGGAGCUGCUCUUCUCCAGGCUGGGGAAAACAUGACUGUCAACACAAGGAGGACGUAGGAGUUGUGUGCUCAGAGUUUAAAGAGAUCAGGUUAACUGAGGGCUGUGAAGGGAAUGUGGAGUGCAGAGGGAAUGAGAUUCACCUGUGGGACUGUCCUCUCUCCCUGAAUAACCACACUGACUAUUUGCCAGAUGUGUCAGUGUCCGCUACUCCUGCCACAACAUCAUCAGCUUCUCCUCCAGUUUCUCCUUCAGUGCGCUCAACAUCAGUCACUCCUCCACAAACUCCUCCAGCAGCGUCUCUCUCCGUCCCCCCAGUGCUUGUGAUUGUUCUGGGAGUUGUGCUCUUACUGCUCUUAGUGCCACUGCUUAUACUGAUUCAGCAGAACAGAGUGAUGAGGAGAGCUCUCUCUAAGAGGAGACACAGGACGACGACUGAGGCCGUUUAUGAGGAGAUUCAGCACAGACACAAUCACUUCACUCAGAGGGGGAGUCUCAUCUCUGAAGAACUGCAUUCUGGGUAUGAAGAUGCUGAUGACCUUCUCUCAGCAAAAGAGUUCAAGACCGCAUAUUAUGAUGAUGUCACCAAUGACAGUAGCCUAAAAGAAGAGAUGCUGAAGGAAAUCACACCGGGAUACUAUGAUGACGUCAUCACUGAUGGACUGAAACCAGAUCGUGAGACAGAAGACACACCUGAGAGCUAUGAUGAUGUCAUGACGAGCGGACAGAACUCUGAUAUCAAAAAAGUGGACACACCAGAGAAUUAUGAUGAUGUCAUCAUUAAUCGACGGAUCUCUCAAGGGGUAACAGAGAGAGUUCAGGAGGAGUAUGAUGAUGUGAUGAGUGUCAGUGAAGAUGUAAGAAACCUGUUGGAUUACGAUGAUGUGGAGGAAGAGGUAAACAAAGAAUCUGUCUCAAUGAUCACACCCACUGCCUCAGUUCAACAAAUUUGA